UGGACUGCGUUGGGAUUUCAAUGGCACUUUACAAGCAAAAUCAAGGGUGUAUCCUGGCAACCGGGGGUUUAAACAACUUUAAGACUUGGGGAAAGACUAUAUAUUGGGGUAAAACACCAGCUAAUGAACUUCAGCAUGAUGGGAGCAUGAAAACGGUGCACAAUAUGCGUCUGUAGAUGACUUGAUGAUGGAGCAGGUCAUCGAGGGUACGGUAAACACCGGCGCUGUGGUCCAGGGAACAUUACUGGUGCUGACGGGAACGUUACUGCUGAUUCUGCUACACAGAACAUUUGGAGUCAAGAAUUGGAAGAACCAAUCAGCAGUCCCGGGUCCCGGUUGGUGGUUGGGUCUCGGCCCGGUUCUGAGCUACAGUAGGUUCCUGUGGAUGGGGAUCGGGACUGCAUGCAACUACUACAACGAAAAAUAUGGCAGCAUUGCUCGGGUUUGGAUCAACGGGGAAGAGACCGUUAUACUCAGCAAGUCCUCCGCCGUGUAUCAUGUUCUGAAGAGCAAUAAUUACAUCGGGAGGUUUGCCAGUACAAAAGGUCUGCAGUGCAUCGGCAUGUUUGAACAAGGCAUCAUCUUCAACAGCAACAUCACACUGUGGAAGAAAGUGAGAACAUAUUUCACUAAAGCUCUUACAGGUCCAGGUCUCCAGAAAUCAGUAGAUGUGUGUGUCAGUGCCACCAACAAACAGCUUGACGUCCUGCAAGAGUUCACAGACUGUUCAGGACACGUGGACGUGCUUAAUCUUCUGCGCUGUAUUGUGGUGGACGUUUCCAAUAGACUCUUCUUAAAAAUCCCUCUCAACGAGAAAGACUUGCUGAUAAAGAUCCAUCGGUAUUUCAGUACCUGGCAGACGGUUCUCAUUCAACCAGAUGUUUUCUUCAGACUGGACUUUGUAUAUAAAAAAUACCACCUGGCAGCUAAAGAGCUGCAGGAUGAAAUGGAAAAGCUUGUGGAGCAAAAGCGACAGGCCAUCAAUAACAUGGAGAAGCUGGAUGAGACGGACUUCGCAACGGAGCUGAUAUUUGCUCAGAACCACGACGAGCUGUCUGCGGACGACGUGAGGCAGUGUGUGCUGGAGAUGGUGAUCGCCGCUCCAGACACCCUCUCCAUCAGUCUGUUCUUCAUGCUUCUGCUGCUGAAGCAGAACUCUGCCGUGGAAGAGCAGAUAGUACAGGAGAUACAGUCUCAGAUAGGUGAGCGGGACGUACAGUCGGCCGACCUGCAGAACCUGAAUGUUCUAGAGCGCUUUAUUAAGGAGUCUCUGAGGUUCCAUCCGGUGGUGGACUUCAUCAUGAGACGGUCUCUGGAGGAUGACCACAUCGAUGGCUACCGGGUGGCAAAGGGGACAAACCUCAUCCUGAACAUCGGACGCAUGCACAAGUCUGAGUUCUUCAAAAAACCCAAUGAAUUCAACUUGGAGAACUUCGAGAACAAUGUUCCCAGUCGUUACUUCCAGCCGUUCGGCUGUGGCCCGCGGGCCUGUGUUGGGAAGCACAUUGCCAUGGUGAUGACAAAGGCCAUCCUGGUGACCCUGUUGUCAAGGUUCACGGUUUGUCCUCGUCACGGCUGCACUAUCAGCACCAUCAAACAGACCAACAACCUCUCCAUGCAGCCUGUGGAAGAGGAUCCCGACUGCCUGGCCAUGCGCUUCAUUCCACGAGCUCAGAACAUCAGCGGAGAAACGAUGCACAGCAACACUUGAGAGCGCCAAAUGACCGAAGAAAAAACUUUUAGAGGUGCACUGGGGAAUUUCCUUUCACCUAAAAGUUUUACACCAUAUUAAGGGAUUAGUUCAGUUCAGAAUUAAAAUUUCCUGAUAAUUUACUCACCCCCAUAUCAUCCAAGAUGUUCAUGUCUUUCUUUCUUCAGUUAAAAAGAAGUGAAGGUUUUUGAGGAAAACAUUCCAGGAUUUUUCUCCAUAUAGUGGACUUCACUGGGGAUCAACGGGUUGAAGGUCCAAAUGUCAGUUUCAGUGCAGCUUCAAAGAGCUCUACAUGAUCCCAGACAAGGAAUAAGGGUUUUAUCUAGUGAAAUGAUUGGUCAUUUUCUAAAAAAAAAAAAAAUAUAUAUAUAUAUAUUUUUUAAUAACCACAAAUGCUCAUCUUGCACUGCUCUGCGAUGCUCCACGCAUUAUGUAAUCACAUUGGAAAGGUCACACGAGACAUUGCUGGAAAUACCGAGCAAGUGUUUACAAAGCGAAUGUGCAAAUACUAAGUCAAACAGCCUUUACAAAAAAAAGGUAAAACAACGAUGUCGGACGAUUUUGAAGUUGGAGGAGAAAAUGAUGUUUUUCACCCUAACGCGGUACUUCCGCCUACGUCACCUUUCCAACGUGAUUACGUAAUGCGUGGCGUGAGCUGGUGCAAGAUGAGCAUUUGUGGUUAAAAAGUAUAUACUUUUUUUUUUUUUUUUUUAGAAAAUGACCGAUCGUUUCUCUAGAUAAGACUCUUAUUCCUCGUCUGGGAUCGUGUAGAGCUCUUUGAAGCUGCACUGAAACUGACAUUUGGACCUUCAACCUGUUGAACCCCAGUGAAGUCCACUAUAUGGAGAAAAAUCCUGGAAUGUUUUCCUCGAAAACCUUAAUUUCUUUUCAACUGAAGAAAGAAAGACAUAAACAUUUUGGAUGACAUGGGGGUGAGUAAAUUAUCAGGAAAUUGUAAUUCUGAACUGAACUAAUCCUUUAGGAUAACUUUUUUUUGUGAUUUGACUUAAAGGGUUAGUUCACGCAAAAAUGAAAAUUCUGUCAUCAUUUACUCACCUUCAUGUCGUUCCAAACUUUAGUUAAUUUUCGAAACGCAAAUUAAGAUAUUUUUGAUGAAAUCUGAGAGGUUUCUGUCCCUCCGUUGGCAGCUACGACUACCACUUUGACAUUUAAAAAAAAAGUACAUAAAGAGAUCGUAAAACUAAUCCAUAUGAAUUGAGUGGUGUAGUCCAAAUUUUCUUAAGAGUCUCGAUCGCUUUAGUUUAUAUGGUGAACAGAUUUAAUUUAGGCUUUUAUUCAUAUAUAAAAUAUACAAACUUAAGUUGAACUUACCUCAAAUUCAGUGUUGCAAACCAGUCAGCCUGCGGUAACAUCAUAUACAGGUAUUAUAAAGACGUCCUUGACCAAAACAUAGACGACUUUGUGUGAACUUUUAAAGUGUUCUAGCUAACUCAAACAAACAAACACAAGAAAACUCAGUUGUAGUUUAUGUCAACAGGCAAUAGCAAUGACAACAAAACCAUUUGAAAUAUGUUUUUCUUUUUUCACGUGUACUGAUCUGUACAUUGCGCUAAUCUACAGUACAGAACUUUAACACAUAUGCAUUCAACGGUGAUUAUAGUAAAUAGUUCUACUAGCUUAUUUGCUAUGAUCUGUAGUGCAGUAUCCAAACUAACCAUGUAAAAACUCAACAUGAAACGGCAUUCACAAACCAUUUUACUUCCAUAAUGUGAUGUAUUUCAGAGUUAAACAGUAGAUUUAAUGAGAAAAGCACUUCAUUUUAUAUACUUGAAUUGAUUGGAUCAUGAAAAGUGGAUGUUAGAUAAAAGAAUGGGACUGAAAAAUUAGGGCUUGGUCAAAAAUAGUUGCUCUCGAGGUGAAGCAAGUACAUUUUUAUCAAAGAUUACGACGACAAACAUUUUCCUUCCGAAUAAUGUUCAAUUAAUCAUUUAAAAUACGAAAAGGUACAUGAGUUGAAAAAGUAAAUGAGGUCAGUUUUUAUUUCAUGUUGUCAUUGUUUGAGGUUGAUCUUACGCAUCUUAUAUUAAGAAAAUAUUUUAAAGAACAAACUGUUUAAAUAUUUAAUAGACAUGCAAUAUUUCUAUUAUUAUAAAAAUUGAAAUAUUUGAUGGCCAUAUACGCACUGCUUUUUAGAAUAUGCAAAACUACUUUUUUUUUUUGCUUUAAUAAAUUGUACCAAUUACUACAGCUAAUAAAAUGACACUUUGAAAACAA